CUCUUGUAUCUGGCACAAGUCUUGUUACAUCAAAAGCACAAGGCUUGGACUUGAACUGGUUAGUGAAGAAACUAGUUCAAGUGAAGAGAUGUCAGGGGAAGAAUAUAUACCGGAUUCUAGCAGUUACUCAGACAGUUCAGCUGAAAUUACCCCCCUACGUUCAAAACCUUUAAAUACGCUCAUAGUGGAGGAUUGCAGUGAACUUUCGCCAGAAAUUCCAAAAAUCAGAGACGGCACAGAAAUUGUCUUGGUUGAAGGGCCAGUGUCUAAAGGUGCAGAUACUACAGAGAAGCAAGUGAAAACUUGUGGGGAGAGUAAACAAGAAAAAGUAUCAGAAGUUCAGAGUGAAGUUGCAUCUGUGGAGACUGGCACAGGAACUCGGGAAAUUGAGAGCACACAGUCUUCACACAUAUCGUCUUCAGCAAAUCCCAAAAAUUAUUGCUUCAAUUGUGACAAACCACAGUCAAAAUUGGCCCGACACUUGAAGACCCAUGAGAAGACAAAUUCUGAAGUUGCUCAAAUUUUAGCACUCCCAAAAAACUCAAAAUAUCGUAAAAAGAUGCUUGAGAAAAUGAGGAAUAAAGGUAAUUUUAAACACAACACAGAUGUUUUAACAAGUGGUAGUGGACUGUUAAAACUAAAACGUAAAUCCAAGAAAAACUAUGAUGUGAAACAGUAUGUGCAGUGCAUGUAUUGUCAAGGAAUGUACCUUCGGAGAGACCUCUGGCGACAUGCUCGUAAAUGUCUCUCAAAACCGAUGGAGGCUGAUGAAAAGGCUGGAAGAAAAAGAGUCUUGUCCUUGUCCACGAUGGUGGACUCAACACUGUGUCAACAAAUAUCCAGAGGUGUAUGGAAGCUUUUAACUGUGAUGAAAGAUGAUGAAGUUUCUGCUUCUGUGCAAAGUGACUUUUACAUUCUUCAGCUUGCGCAGUCAUUUUUCGACAAACAUGGUCAAGAUCCGACCAAACAUGAAUAUAUUCGGCAGAAGAUCCGUGAAGUUGGAAGACUUCUACUGAUCCUACGCAAGGAAUAUUCAAUAUACAACCUUGAGGAUACGAUCAGACCUGCAAAUUUUCAUAAACUUACCCAAGCUGUCAAGCAGGUGGCUGGGUUUGACGAAGACAGGCUCUCCUAUAAAACUCCAAGUCUUGCUCUAAAGUUGGGUCACUCAUUGCACAAGAUAUGUGACAUCAUACAGUGUCGGGCUCUGAUAGCAGAAGACAAUGAGCUGGAAAAGUCAACCCAGACUUUCAAAAAACUGUACGCAUCAAAAUGGUCUGAGCUUAUCUCUCACAGAGCUUUAACAACACUGAGUGACAAGCACUUUAACAAGCCAUCCACACUCCCUUUCACUGAGGAUGUGCAGCGUCUUCACCAGUAUCUUGAAAAGAUGGCAAAUUCAGCAUCUGAGAAACUGAAAAAUAAUCCAUCACCACAAGCCUAUGGGGAACUUUGCAGUAUAACUCUGUCAAAAAUUAUUUUGUUCAAUAGAAGAAGAGGAGGAGAGGUUUCAAAGAUGCCGCUGGAAGCCUUUCUUCAGAGGGACACAGCUGCCCUACAUAAGGAUGUUGCAGUUGGUCUCUCUAAGUUUGAGCAAAAACUGUGUGCACAUUUCAGUCGUGUUGAAAUUAGGGGUAAAAGAGGCCGAAAGGUUGCUGUACUGUUAUCACCAGACAUGGUUGAAGCCCUAACGCAGCUCAUAAGCAGAAGACUAGAGUGUGGAGUCCCGGAAGAAAACCCCUUCCUCUUUGCAAGACCCAACUGUUUGACUCCUUACAGAGGACAGGACUGUCUCAGGAUUUAUGCAAACGACUGUGGUGCACAAAGUCCUGAACUCCUUAGGUCAACACAGCUACGCAAACAUGUGGCAACUUUGUCACAGGUCUUGAACCUAAAAAAUCACGAGCUUGACCAAGUUGCUGACUUUCUGGGCCAUGAUAUUCGUGUCCACAGAGAAUAUUACAGACUUCCAGAGGCUACAACCCAGCUGGCAAAAAUAUCAAAACUACUACUUGCCAUGGAGAAAGGGACCCUUGGAAAUCUCCAAGGCAAAACAUUGGAAGAGAUUGAAAUCGAAGAUAAACUAGACUUGACAGACUCUGGUGAGAGUGAAGACGGCGAGGCGGAUGAAGAAUACCCACCAGCACAACAAAAAUGGAUGUGGACUCGGCUGGAGAAGGCAUAUCACAAGGGGCAAGCAGAAAGUGGUGUCCCCGUAGUCCACCACCUGGGCUGGUUUGGAAAAACCAUCCACCACUACCACGUCCACAGCUGGGCCAUCCACCGACACUUCCACCUCUGGGCCAUGCACCACCACAUCCACAGCUGGGCCAUCCACCACUACCACGUCCACAGCUGGGCCAUCCACCGACACUUCCACCUCUAA